AGUCAAGUCAGUUAGCUAGGAAGCGAUGCGCCCAGAGCUAGCUAGCGGGCUAGCUAGUUCAUGACAACUACCGUUAAAACGCUGCUCAGGUUGACAGAUACUGCACGGGUAAUAUUUGUUCUGCUUCGUUUUUCUGUGUAAAUAAGUGGAACCAGUGCUGCCUGGGUUCAACAUAUUGGUGCCGUAAAUUAGAUAAGCUAAAGUCAGCUAGCCAGCUGCAGAUUCCUUUGAAAAAUGGCUACUGUUUCAAUACCCGCAAAUACUAGUGCACUUUUACUGGACAUCGAAGGUACAACCACUCCAAUCACAUUUGUCAAGGACAUCCUAUUCCCAUACAUCAAGGAGCAUCUGGAGGAUUACCUGUCCACUCACUGGGAGGAAGAUGAGUGCAAACAAGAUGUUCAUCUUCUAAAGAAACAGAUUGAAGAAGACAUGAGGCAGAAUCGGGCAUGCCCUGUACACGCCCUGGACCAGACGGUUCACACAGAUGAGGAGAAGGCCAUUAGGGAAGUAGUGGAUAAUGUGCUGUGGCAGAUGGCGGCAGACAGGAAGUCGACAGCGCUCAAACAGUUCCAAGGUCACAUGUGGAGGACGGCAUAUGCAUCUGGGAGAAUCAAAGGCCAGGUAUACCAGGAUGUAAUUCCCUCGAUCAGAAGAUGGCGAGCACAGGGUCUAAAAGUAUACAUUUACUCUUCUGGUAGCGUGGAGGCACAGAAACUUUUGUUUGGAUACUCUGUUGAAGGAGAUGUUUUAGAUCUAUUUGACGGCCACUUCGACACCAAUAUAGGUGCUAAGGUAGAAAGUAAAAGCUAUGAAAAUAUAGCAGAGAGGAUUGGCUGUCGAGCAGAAGAAAUCACAUUCUUGACAGACGUUACUCGAGAGGCUAAAGCAGCUGAAGAUGCAGGGGUGAACGUGGUGGUGGUUGUGAGGCCUGGAAACCUGGAGUUGACAGAUGAGGAGAGAGCCCACUAUAACCUCAUUACAUCAUUUAACCAACUGGAAGUAAUGGGACAUGCUUAAUGCAGAGUGUGGAGGGAAAAUCUCACUGACGACAUUUCAUAAUGACUUGUUCCGUCUCCUCUUUUCUCCCUUAACUAUAUUUGCAACAUUUUUUAUUUUUUUUCGUUCCAUGGUGAUGGUUUGAGAUGUGUAGGAGAUACCACUGGGACUACAAUUAAGCCACCAGUAAGGCUGAUUAAAAUCCAGAACAAGAAAUGCUUUGGAUCCCUGGUAAAUGUACGGACAUAAAUCUGUGGAGGGGAAACAUCACUUUCUCAUGGGGUCAUCUCAUUGACUCGAAGGAGAGGAGAAAAGUUGUAGAUAAACAGGUCUGGGUCGAGGUGUAAUAAGUACCAACCCUGAAUGAAACUGUACUUGUAGGGUUAUUUACCUUUUUACCUUUUAGAUGGACAGUAGAUGGUCGCCACUUUGGAAUUACAUCAAUAUCAAGUAAACUUUCCAAUUCUGUGUAUUAUGUGUCAGUUGUAUCUGUCCGUGUUUUGUAAUGAUCCAUUCAUGUACUGUUUCCUCCUGCUACACAUACACAAGUGGUGCAGAUGUGUGGAGUUUUAUUCAGUGCUCAUACCGUUGGAAACACAAUGUUGUAGAAGUAGAGCUGCAGUAGAGGUGCACAGGAAGUUUUCAUCUGGCACUUUGUUCAGAUGUCUUAAAUACAGGUGAAUUAUUUCAGUUUACAUGUGCCAUUGUCAUUGUUUAUCUGUAACUGUAUCAUAGAAGGUGAACUAAAAUUGCCAAAUUGUUAAUUUAUAUGUGAAACAUAAUGCAGGAAACUGUAAUCUAAAAAAAUAACCUCCAAUAAAUGCCUUGUAUCACA